UGGUCUUCCUGAUUACGGGCGGAAAAACAAACGGCGCGCUGCUGGAGCAGAUUCACCUGCAUUAGUAAGAAGAUCGCUGCAGAUGAACUGAUGACCCUCAGCUCCACUUUCUGCAUUGAGAUGCGCUUCCUCCUGCCUGCUGGACUUUCAUCUUAGCCAUGUCAUACACUCAGUUUGGCUAUUCCUAUUCAGCAGCUCCACAGCUUCUAUGGUCCUCCAAUGCUCUGGGUGCGUGCUAUGAGUCUGGUAGCGGUUCUCCAUUAGAAGCUGGAGUAGUGGCCUCUCCGCAGAGCUCUCUCUGCUGCCCGGUGUACGACAGCAGGCUGGUGGCCUCUACCAGACAUGACCUGAACUCCACUUAUGGGAAAAACCACAGCUAUGGGACUUACAGUUCAUAUGGGACUGACUCGACCUCUCUCUAUUCUCUGGGCAAGCUUGGUGAGAAAGAUGGAACAGCAUCAGCACAGUCGAGGGUCACCCAGGGGCCAGGGUAUUACCCAUGUGAUCAUCCAUUCGGACAAUAUCAAUAUGAAGGAUAUGGAUACAGCUCUAUGGAUGUUAGUACGAGAAGGAAGAACGCCACCAGGGAGACCACCAGCACUCUGAAGGCGUGGCUGCAGGAGCACAAGAGGAACCCGUACCCCACCAAGGGCGAGAAGAUCAUGCUGGCCAUCAUCACCAAGAUGACCCUCACGCAGGUGUCCACCUGGUUCGCCAACGCCAGGAGAAGACUCAAGAAGGAGAACAAAAUGACCUGGUCCCCUCGCAACAAAGCUUCAGAUGAGAAGGGCUGCGAUGAGGACAGUGAUGAUGUGGAGGGGUCUCAAGAGGAGACCAUGAAAUCUGAGAAGGAAUCUGACGACAACCCAAGAGCAGAUGAUACAGAUUUGCCACAAAGCGAUUUGGAGGACUUGGACCUGACCGAGUCAGACAGCUCCGAGUGUGAACCCAAAGCAUCGUUCAGCAGGAGCACUCGCUCAAGCUCACAUGACUGCGUAGAUCAGCGCUUCAGAGAGCCUCUCUUACACAUCUCUCUUCCAGAGACUUCGGUGAAGUACGACGGUUUCAGCAAAGCCUGCUUAGGAUCGACGGCCGAAAGCAGCCAAUCCUCAAAGACUUUCUACCCUCAUCAGGAAGCACAGACGCCCGAGACCAAGCCCAAAAUCUGGUCACUCGCACAGACUGCCACCUCGCUAAACCACGCCGACUACCCGUCAUGCAUGCACAAAGGUCAGAGCAUGAGGUCGUCCUCGGCAGAAUGCCAUUUAGACUCAGACCUGGCAGAAAGCCAACAAGACUCUCCGGUGUCCAGUCUGAGGAACUGGAUCGACGGCGUCUUCCACGAUCCCUUGUAUUCACAGAGCAACUUGAACCAGACGUUCUCCGGAGCUUCUGGAUUAUGGACGGGCUCCCCCAGCUGCCCGACGUCAGAGAACACUUUCCACGGACUGCAAGAGCCUGUUACACCCAGCCAGCUUACAUAAUCAACAGUGGAAUAGGCUUAAAAGACAGACUCCUUAAUGUAAACGAAAAAAGGGAGCGAUUCUUUGGAGCGACACCAUAUAAGAGAACCACCUAUGGACUGUUUUCUAGAAAACGGUGGUAAAGAAAGUGUGAAGAACCUUUUUAAAUUGGCCAUAUCACGGAAUCACAGAAAUGUAAAAUAUAAAAUGAAAUGUAAACACCUUUUUUUUAUUAUUUUAAUAUAUUUAAUGUAGUAUGUAAACCUUAUCAGAUUAUUAUUUAUUGCCCAGCCUGUACAGUCUAUGGAUGGAAAUAGGCAGCAAGGAAAAAGGCCAUGGUUUAUGUGAAGUCACAAAAAACACUGUACUGGCAUAUAGUUAUCUCUUUUUCUUAGCAUACACCAAUUUAGUCCUGCCUUUUUAUGACCAUAUACAAAUUAUAAGGAGUGGUUUUUUUUUUCAAACUAGGCCAAAUAAAGGGCACUCAUGUAAGAAUAAGAAAUACAAGAUUGGUGUCCUAGACAGAAAUUAAACCUAGCCCUAGAUUAAAUAUCCAUUUGAAAGUCGGUGUAGUCCAAGACUAGACUUAAUCCCUGUCUGGGAAACUGUUCUAAAGUGUUUAAUUACAAGAAAUAUGGAGAAGCAGGGGAUUGGUUGGUCACAUAAACAUGAUUAUUGGUUGUUGUACAAACAGCUUAAGUUGAUGGACUAAAGGAAUAUUGAGGAUAUAGGUAUAAAAACUCUAUAGGCAAAUUGACAGACAGGGAUUCAGCCUAGUCUUUGGAUACACAACAUUUUGAAAGGAGAUUUACCAUCGAAGGUAAAAAUAUGUAAAGUCUAUGACUAUGCUUAAUCCUUGUCUGAGAAACCCUAAAUUACCAAUUUAACGUAAACACUAGGAACUGUUAAGCAUUAUUAUUCCCAAGGCACUGUUUUAUGUUUUAUUUUAUAUAGAUCUUCCAGAUAAAUCUGAAACACCACUAUGCUAAAAUACCAGAACUGGGGCUUUUGUUGUCUGCAGUGCCAUCUAUUUACUUUUACUACAGUAAUUGUAACUGAUUUUGCUGCAGGUGUUUAUUUAACAUUGAGGUGUUUGCUGUGGUACUUUUUGGGGUAAAUCUGGGGUAACAGCACAGUGGAAAUGCAGGUUUUAACCCCACAAAAUGUCUUGCCAGUGUUCACUACUGUAUGAUAGCACACCACACAGAUAUGCCAAACUAAUUUAUUAUUUAUCACACCAAAAUAAAGGGUUGCUUUGUGAAGAAAGCA